AUCUCAAGUAUAAAUACCGUUGUGAAGUGUGCAGAAAAUUUUUAAUAUCCAAACAUUGGAUUUAUCAUUGUGAGAUUUGCAGCUAUGCUUUCCAUCUCACCUGCGCCUUCACCAAAUCGCCACACACCACUAGAGAAAAAGGGAUUGUGGAGGUUCCAGUUAGUGAUGUCGGAGAGGACCUAAUUGGAGCCUUUGUACGGAGACAAGGAGGAGAUACGCAUACACAUUCACUCAUCCUUGAUCAUCAAGAAGAUGUUGAUUAUGAGUUCCACAAUCACAAACUCAGAUUAGUCUCAUCGUCGUCAUCAUCAUUUCAUGAAGAAAAUGAAGAAGAAGACGAUGAUGAUGAUGAGGAAGACUACUCUUGUAGAAAAUCGGAGUUAAUAUGUGAUGGGUGCAUUACUCCGAUACAUGUGAAACAAGCACCAUCAUCUUCUUCUUCGCCUUCGUCUUCUUCUUCUUCUUCAGGUAGUAAAGAUUGAUACUGCUACAUGAGAUGUAGCAUCAGCUCAUGCAAAUACUAUCUUCACUUGUCGUGCUUCCGCUUGUCAACUCAGCUCUCCUCUCUUCCUCUCCUCCACACAAAUGAGAAUGAGAAUGAUCACAGCCUUGUCCUUCAAUCCGGUGACAAACUUAAACCAUGGAAGUCGUCAUACUGCAGGGUCUGCCAUCAACAUACGAAUGGUUUGUUUUAUGGCUGUACAGAAUGCGAUAAAUUCAAAGUAGAUAUAAAGUGCGCUUCAAUGCCGGACACCAUAUAUCACGCAGCUCACCCGAAUCAUCUCCUCGACCUUCGUUCUGCACAAGAUACAAAUAUGAGACAUGGUUUCUUCAAUUGUGAUGCCUGUGGAGGCUUUAUAAAUGUUGGUAACAGCUACGAAUGCAGCAGCUGUGAUUUCGGCGUGCACUUUAGAUGCGCAGUGCUGCCGGCAUCAACCACUAGCCGUAGAUGGGACAAGCACCACCCGCUGCUCUUGACUCACAACGCCACUCUAAACCGUCCCGGUGAUUUUUACUGCAAUCAAUGCGAGCAAGAAAUGCAUCCCAAGCAUUGGAUGUAUCACUGCCGCAGCUGCGAUCAUCCAAGAUGCCUUCCAACUACAUCCGGCUGUCAUAGAAAUAUCAAACUGGGACAGGAAUGUCAUGUGAAUGCAGAAACUCAUCCACACCCUCUCACCUUUCAACUUCUCACUACAAAACGCCGCUGCGACGUUUGUGGUGGGGAUAGGCAUGAUUCUCUUGGAUUUUACUGUGCAUCAUGCAUCUUCUUCAUUUGUCUCUACGACUGCGGUAAAAAAAUGAUCGAAGAUGGCAACAUUGAGGCCGUGGAUUGAAGAAAAUGCUCAAUUGUGGACUUGUGUUUUUGUCUUACCUUAUUUGUUUGAGUGUGUUUUAAAUUUAAUGAAAGUUGUAGCU